AUGCUCGGACAAAGAAUUAUAGAGUCCUACGCGGACCUCCCAAAUGACGACUCCCCCCUUCUCCAAGCGGAGCCAUUCACAAGCCUCACCGUACGGCGCAUCAAGUCUGCUGGCCUACGCAUCGUCACCGAGAGCGAAACAGAGUCCCCCGAUGUUCUUCGGGAUAACACAAAUACCUUGCGACCACCCAACUACCGCAACUCGUUCAUGUCCAUCAGGACGCCCGACACGAGCCACACCUUCGGUCUCCCCAACCCUAGCAUGUUCUCGCCUGACAGCACCUCAAGUCGACGACAUACCCCCAUUUCCACACCAUCACCAGCUUCCGCUGAACUGUUGGCUUCGCGCCGCCUCUCGCGGUACUCGCGUGCGGAAAGCGCCCUUCAGUCCGCGGUCGAAGCAUCCUCUGCCGAAGUCUCUCCGCAUGAGCUGCAAAUUCAAGUCUUGGAACGAGCUACGGCAGUCCUCAGCGAACAGGCACGAGACGCACAAGCAUGCGCAGAACGUCUGCGUGCAUGUCUAGCCGACAAAGAGUUGCCCCCGGAGGAGUUCAAGUCCUUGCAACGCGCGCGGUGGCUGGAGGUGCACAAGAGUACCUCCAAACAGGCGCAGUCUGCGCACACACGCGAACUAGUAGUGAAGCUCUCUAGCCCGAUCAGGGAGGAGCCACCACUGGUAGAGUCUCCGCAUGUGAUGACCCGAGAAGAAGUGAACCUCGCACGGUUUCUGCAACGCUCCCCGACGCGCAUCACCUUCCCACCAACUCGUAGCCCGCCCGUGUCCCCCGUUCUCUACCGGAGGAAGACUCUAACACAAGUACGCCCCUUGCGCUUGCGUAUGUCAGCUAUGGACCUUGCCCUACGGUCUCCCUUGAGGACCCACGGGCGGUCGUCAUCACUCGACGGUGGACACGCUCGAAGCGAGUCGGCAUCGACGGAUGCGACCUUCGUCUCCCAGGGCUCCAGUGGUCAAACUGCAGUUACGAAGCCCUCAAUACCGCACCUGAAGCUAGCAUCUUCUCUUUCUCCCCUCCCGUUCUCGUCAACAGGCGAAGGUACAGUGAGCAUUGAGAAGCUCGCAGCACUCCGCUCCCGCGAGGAACUUCUCGCCGAUAUCGGCGACGUCACCCUACCGGAUUACGCCGUCGACCUGCUAGAAGAUCUCGUCGCUUCCUCGCUCGACAUCUCGCUACCAGACAUCGCUGGCAUCGGGAGCGGGUCCCCCAUCCACACCGGCUCGGCAUCGGACAUCCCCUUCAGCUCAACAGCCGACUACGGCCCUGAGCCCAUAACACCAUUACGUUUCUCGGGGCGCGUCCGGAGCCAAUCCGACACCCCUCCUUCUCCCUCCUCAAUCACUAGCCCGAUCGCCCGCAGGCGCUCCGCCGCCCCGACUCCGAGGUCGUCCUUCCGCCACAGCCUCGCCGCCCCCAGAUUUUCCUCCCUCCGCCUCAAUGCGCCAUCGCUCGAAGCCGUCCCCGAAGGCCCGAGCACAGGCAGCGACGCGCCCUCUCGCUCCCACUCCUCUAUGAGCGGGCGAUUCGUUCUCGACUCGUCAUCGGCGCUACACGAGUCCACCGACGGCGCCCGCGCCUCGGGCGACCAGCGCCGCUUCUCAGUCGUGUCGUUCCGCCGGCUCGAGCGCAGCGAAAGCGGCGCGCGCGGCGGCAUCCUCGCGCGCUUCAAGCACCGGUUCUCUACCUUAGGACAGUAG